AGAAAAGUGAGCAACUGCUCUCAUGGCGAAACCAUUACAUUUUUUCCUGCAAUGUAUUUGAUCAUUACCAACCCAACCAACUUUUUUUCAAGUUCGGUUUUUUUAUGGAAACAAAAUUAGGACUACCAUUGUAAUUGUAAAAAGAAAGCUUUAAAACUAAAAUCUUUGUUACCGCUUAAUGUCAAAUUCUGCUGACGCAUUUAAACUCUUAAUGAGCACUCAUAGAAACACCACUCCUCUUGUUAAGAGGAAGCCUCAACGGCUUUCUUUUCGAGAUAACUUGCGGGUAUACAUCGAACACCCUCAGGCCCACAAUAAUGUGUUAUAUUACGACGAUGAUUUCGUAUUCAUUAGGGAUAAGUAUCCAAAAUCAAAAAUGCAUUUACUCUUGAUGCCAAGAAACUCCUCGCUGACAUUGGUUCACCCUCUGGAAAUCCUAGCAAAGCACAGGUCGUUAAUAGACCAGCUACGUUUUAUGGUGUUCAACAAACUUUCGGAUAUAAUUAUGAAAGAAGCUAGGAAUAGUCUUUUUUCAGAUCCCGAGUUGUCAUCAAAAGUUCCUUCAAGAACGCUUUGGGAUUUUAUCAAACUAGGAUUCCAUGCUGGGCCAUCCAUGAAUAACCUUCAUUUACACGUUAUGACUCGGGAUCAUGUUUCUCCAAGUAUAAAAAAUAAUGCACAUUACAUUUCAUUUAAUUCUCCAUUUUUUGUUAACAUUGACACCCCUGUCUCUCAGCUUCCGGUCCGGGGGUCGCUUUCCUACUUAUUCCAGCAAGAUGUACGCUGUUACCGUUGUCAAGAAUCUUUUGGAAGGCAAUUUUCCCGGCUAAAAGGCCAUCUGUCAAAGGAGUUGGACGUAUGGUUGCAGGAAAUUUUGGAACGUGAAGCAUUACAUACUUGAUGCUUUACUUUAUUCACUCUUAUGCUGAAAGUAAUUAUCUAUUUAUGUUUUUAUUUAUUAUAAAUUAAGGAUGAAUGAGAAGUCAAUGAAUCAGAUAUACCGCAAAGAUCCAAACGGUAAUACUUCGUUUAUCCUUCUCUGUCCAGUAAAAAGCAUUACUAAACGAUCAACACCCAUACCCCAUCCAGUUGUUGGGGGAAGUCCAUAUUCUAACGCACGCACAAAGUCAGCAUCUGGUAUAGGUGCUUCUUGGUCACCUAGCUCAGUACGAUCGUAUUGCUGAGAUUCAAACUUCUCCUUUUGAGAUAACGGAUUAUUUUCUUCUUCGUAAGCAUUGCAAAUUUCACUUUUUCCUAAGUACAACUCAAAACGUUUUGAAACGAGAUAUUCUGUAUCCCCGUAUUUAAUCUUCUCGGACUUUGCUAGAGGGGACAUGAUUUCUGGAUGAUGUACAAUAAACGUAGGACCAUCUGUAAGACGUUCUAAAACGCAGUGGUCAAACAGCUUAUCCAGUAAAUGUGACACAGUAGGUGUUUUUGGUUGUUUGAUAUUCCUUUGCCUAAAAAUGUCUAAUAAAAAUCUCCGACACCCUUCGGAAUUAUCGAUGACGCCUAAAGAUUGAUUAAGACUGUUUUCAAGAGAUGGGAUAAAUUCAAGUGUUUGAAAAGAGUCGCUAUCCAGAGAAACUCCAAGAUGGGUUAACUGCAGACUUCCAUGAACGUUCAUGCAGAUUUCUCCUAGCAAUACUUUAGUCAUGUCAAUAAAUGUUUUUAAGUUAGUAAAUGCACAAUAAGCCUCGCAGCUGGUGAAUUCUGGAUUAUGAGUAGCGUCUAAUCCUUCAUUUCGAAAGUUCUUUCCUAGCUCAAAAAUUCGGUGCAUGCCUCCUAUUACUAGUUGCUUCAGCCAUAAUUCAGGAGCGCAUCGCAAUGAAAGUGGUUGUCUGUGAGCAUCAUUUGUGAUAAAGGGACGAGCCAUGGCACCCCCAAAAUGAUGUGAAAGCAAUGGAGUUUCUACCUCUGUAAAAUCAUUUUUUCGAAAAAAAUUGCGAAUGCAAUCUAUGAUCUGAAAUCGCCUUUUUAGUGCCAAAAGCGUAUCUGGAUUUGCAACUAAAUCGACGUAACGCUGUUGAAAUCUUUUUUCUUGGUUUAAAAGGUUGGUAGGCAUCUGGUGAAGACAAGGAGACAGCAUCGCUGGAAUUUGUGUUGCAUAGAUUGAUAAUUCUCCUUUGCUUGUUUUCCCAAUGAAUCCGGUACACUGUAUAUAGUCUCCUCGACGAAACGCUUUUAGAAUGUUGGAAAAAGGAAUAGCCUCAUUGGUACUAUCAGUGACAUUUCGUUUACUAAUGGUCAACUGUAGCUUUGGCAAACCAUCAUUAAUGUCUAUGAAAACCAGUUUCGAACUCGCGUAUCUUAUGUUGCCAAUUCUACCACAGACAGUAUAAGACUCAUCAUGUUUUCGGUCGUCCGGCAACAGAAGAUUAUCCCAAGACCGCAGCCUUGAUAUUGGAGUAAUUCCUUCAGUUUCUGAAAUAGAUGGAUACACUGGCAUUUUUAAACGUUCAAAUACCUGCAUUCGAGCAUCCGGUUUUUCAGGCGAAUCUGCCUUUUCGGAAUAUAACCUUUUCCAUCUUAAACAACAAAAGCUAGCAUUAAAUCUUGUUGAAAAGCAUUUUAGUAUGUGAGCCCUUCGUAAUAGCAUUAGAUUAACAAGAAGGAAUAGAAAUAUAUGGAUUUAGAAGUGAUAUUCCUUCUCGA